UGUGUGUGUGUGUGUGUGUGUGUGUGUGUGUGUGUGUAAGAGAGAGAGACUGUGUAGAUAUACUUGCCCAUAUCACUUUUUCCCAUGCAUUAUAACAUUUUAUAUAUCACACAUGGAGUGGGCUGCAUUCAUUAUUUCCUCAAGGACAAAUGAUACAUUAUCAGUGAUCAAUCUCUGCUGUGUAUUUUCACUAUGAUUAUACUUGUGGCACCAAGAGGACUUUUAUUUGGGGAAAAGGCCAUUUUUUAAAAUCAGCAUCUGUGCCAAGCUUCAGUACAUAAAUGCGACUUCCGCUUAUUACCAAAAAUACAUUGGUCCCGAAUAGCCGGUGAAACAUGAGCGGAUACCGUGCACUCUAGCACACAUUUUUUUUCUCUCGGUAUAAUGUAAAGGAACUAUUUCAGGAAGAAAGUAUGUUUGCGCUGUAAACGUUCGUUGCUGUCUCUAUCUCGCGCAGCCCACAGUAAAUAAUGCUCUUAUUUUAAAAGGCAGAAAUACGUAUUUCCGUUUAUCAUCUAGUUAACUCUGGACUAGCUGUCCUGAUGCAGCCGUCGCUAGCUAAACAAACAUGGCUCUGCCACAUUAUCAGACAAGGGACUUCAAUGAUACGUAGGCACAUGCGACACUUGAUAACAAUCGUGCAAACUGUAGAGCUGUAGAUGGAGAGCUGAUGCAUUUGUACGUUAGUUAGCUUAGUGUAGCCUUUUGUGACCGUGUUUACAGACUGCUAGCCCUCCAGUUGGCUAAUGCAAGCUAGCAAAAUGGACCUUGGAACAAUGUUGUACAACAAUUUAAAAGAUGUAACAUGGAGCACGACGUCCCUGCCAUUGGAUCAACUCGUCAGCGCUUACAGGUUGCCUCAAAUUGUCAAGCUGGAUAACGGUCAGUUAGUUGAAGGGCUCCGAGACAAUGACUACCUCUUGCUUCAUUCCUGCCGUCAAUGGACAACUAUUACUGCCCACAGUCUGGAAGAGGGACACUAUGUCAUUGGGCCCAAAAUAGAGAUCCCAGUGCACUAUGAAGGUCAGUUUAAACUACUGGAGCAGGACAGAGACGUCAAAGAGCCUGUGCAGUACUUUAACAGCGUGGAGGAGGUUGCCAAAGCAUUCCCUGAGAGGGUAUACGUCAUGGAAGAAAUCACAUUCAAUGUUAAGAUGGCAUCGGGGGAAUGCAAUGAAGACACCGAAGUUUACAACAUUACACUAAGCACUGGUGAUGAACUGACGUUAAUGGGCCAGGCUGAGAUCCUGUAUGCCAAGACCUCCAAAGAAAAGUCAAGAUUCAACACCAUUUUCAAGAAGAUUGGGAAGCUGAACUCCAUCAGUAAGAUCGGCCGAGGCAAAAUGCCCUGCUUGAUCUGCAUGAACCAUCGCACCAAUGAGAGCAUCAGCCUGCCCUUUCAGUGUAAAGGCAGAUUCAGCACCUGCAGUCCCCUGGAACUCCAGAUGCAGGACGGCGAGCACACCAUCAGGAACAUUGUGGAGAAAACCCGUCUCCCGGUCAACGUCACGGUACCCAGCAGCCCGCCCCGCAACCAGCACGACCUCCACCUCAUCCGCGAAGGCCAUCGCUACAAAUUGGUCAACAUUCAGACGAAAACCGUGGUUGUGUGCUGCGUUCUGCGAAGCAACAAAAUCAUCCCCAUUCACUUUCCCUUUCACAUGGCCAUGCCUAGAUUCAUUAUUCCAGAGGAGCUGCUGCAAGGAGAGUUAUGGCUGGAAACUAUGGUACAUCGCUGGUUCUCCUUCUGCCAGGAGCAGUUUGACAUCGACGACUAUUCUCGUGCUGUCCGCGAUGUGCGGACAGACUGGAGUGAUGAUGGUAAGAGUCCCAAAAAAAGCAGUGGGAACGGUAGUUGCAGUGGGAGCAGUGGAGGCAGCUCCAAUGGGUGUCCCAACCACAUGCAGAUACCCAGCUCUCUAACCUACGCCCGGGAUGAACUCACCCAGUCUUUCCACCGACUAUCUGUGUGCGUGUAUGGCAGCAACCUGCAUGGUAACAGCGAGGUCAACUUGCAGGGCUGCAUGACACUAUGUGGAGAUUGGUCUCUUCUGCCCUCUGACAGCAUCCCUCCAGACGUGGGGGAAAAUGAACACUUUUUCCCUGAGCUCAUGGAUAGCACAAACCCACAGCCGCCCCUCAACAAGUCGGACGUUCCUUAUGAGGAGCUGUGGUUGGAUCACUUGAGAGGGCAGAUCCCAAAACCUUCCUUGAGCGAGGGGAUUCGGGGCAUUAACAACGGCUGUAGUACAACAGCAGCCCUGUCAUACCCAAUCACCUGUCCCCUUGCUGCAGUAACCAGUUCAGAUGUCUCUCUUACUCCACCGCCGGUCCCACCCAAGUCUGAAGCUGUGAAGGAAGAAUGCCGUCUGUUGAAUGCCCCACCUAUUCCUCCACGAAGUUUGAAACAGAUGCCAGCCGUGCCCAUCCUGUCAAAGCCUCGGCAGCAAGAGACGCGGUCUCCAAGUCCGACCCUCUCCUACUAUUCAUCUGGUCUCCACAACAUUAGUGGAGCAUGUGAGCAGGAGGCUGCUGAACCACAGGAGCAUGUGUGCUACCCCUGUAACUGGGGCAAAUCGAACAGCACUGAGCCAGCUGCUACUUUGCCCAGUAGUAGCCUGCCAUCGGAUGGGAUGUCUGCCAGGUUGUCUUGGCCGAAUAACUUCAGUGGAGGAGAAUCACACACCAUGGAUGAAUUUUCUCCUGCCAGCUGUCGAAGCUACUACAGUUACCCCAGAAAGAGAUCCCCAAGCACCCCCAAAAUGUGUACGUCCAGCCUCGUUGACUUUGAUGGCCGAGAGCACGCGCGAGAGGACUUUCGGCUGGAGAAAGCUUCUCUGAAUCCGUUUUGCACCAAAUCAUCAAGUUACAAUUCAGAAAUGUACAGAAACAAGCCAAUAGAAGAAUCUAACACUAAGCAGAGCCUCUCUUGUCCCAUCUUACCACCGAGAACACCAAAAUCAAAUGCCGUAAAGACGUGCACAGAUUUACUAUCUGGAUCAAUCUGUGGUGGUGAGCAGGAAACUUCCAGUUGCUCACCGACUCCACAUGAGCAGGGCACAAAAGAGAUAUAUUCCAUCUCUAACUCAUUAGCCCAGAACUGUCCAGCCUUUUCUCCUGAUGCACAGUGGCAGCCCCCGUCCAGCCUGGCUGGUCUUUCUAUUGAAGAGGUGUCCAAAUCUCUGAGGUUUAUUGGCCUGCCAGAUGACAUUGUUUCUCUUUUUGUGACGGAGAAGAUUGAUGGGAAUUUACUCCUGCAGCUCACCGAGGAGAUUUUGUCUGAGGACUUCAAGCUAAGCAAACUGCAGGUGAAGAAACUCAUGCAGUUCAUAAAUGGGUGGAGACCCAAGAUCUAACUAACAGUAUAUGACACUGAAUCCUGUAAAGCAGAGAAAGUCAUGCCUUCAGUAUAUGCUAUGCACACCAAGCCACAAAGAGUUUCUUCGGUUUGAAAUGAAAGGAUUUCCUUGUUACUAUGUUUGGGGGGAAAAUAGUCGGGUAAUAAUUCCCAGCCCACGAUAAGUCUUUGACAGCUAUUUACGAACCAUUUAAAUGGAAUAAUUAGCCAGUUUUUAAGAAAACAUUUUCAUGUCAGAUACUUUUUGACCCAAAGCCUGCCAGUGUCACAUGAAUCCUAACUGAUGCCAACACAUUUAAAAGAAAACACUAAUGUGACAAUGAUGAGAAAACAUUAAUCUGCUUGAUGAGAGCAUUGUAUGAUUGUGUUCUUAAAGGGAACAUCACAACAUACUGAUAUUUCCUGUAUUUUUAAAAGAGCACAAGAGCCAGAGGGUGGACUAUAGUGUAUAUAUUGCGAAAAAGAAUGUAGAAAACAUUUACUUUAAUGAAAGUAUCAAGUUGCAGAAAAUGGAAAUACUUAGGUUGAAUACAGUACUUGAGUCAACUGUACUUGUUACAUUCCAUCAUUGGUUGUCCUAGAUUUUGACUCACGAGAUUUUCAUUUUAACUGCAAAUGUAUUUCAGUUCUGAAGAUGGGUUGUUGGUCCCCUUGAUUACUUUGAAUGGGUAUAUGCCCUGGAUAGGACAAUCCUCAGUCCUAACAGGUAUUAGGGUAUACUUGUGUUCUUUUAAAAAAAUCUAUCUCUUUGAGUUCUUCCUAAGCUACAAGCCUUUGUCAAUUGGAAAAGAAGUGGAAUCUGAUAAAGAAUCAGAGACCAUUUAUUUUCCGAUUGACAGUAAUAAUCUAUGUAAUCCUUAUUCUUAGCCCUGUGGUACCAGACUGAUGUACAGUUAAAAAUGAAUUGUAAAGAUAAGAUAUAAGAUUUUACUUCAGGCGUAGCGGUCUGUACAUCAAUCUGAUAUCAGGUGUGAGUGUCUACUUUUAGAAGAUGAAGUGCAUUUGGGCUUUGUUGCCCAUCAUAAAGCCCCUCUGCAUUCUCUGUGUGAUAUUCUACCAAACUUUACUUGCAGGAGUCAGCCAAAUGAAACGGGUAGCACGUUAUGAUAGCCCAAAAUAAUUAAUGGUACAUUUAUAGUUAAUUAAACUUGAGUUAAUAGCCAGUUUACAAACAGUGACCAUUUAUUUAGCAAUUUUCAUUGAAAAUGUGCAACUGAUGUUAUAAUAAUUUGCAAAUGGUUAAUAAACACAGUGUAACAUAUCUAUGAAUAUUAUUAGAACACUAAAUUAACUAUUAACUAAACUUUAAUUAUAAAUUUACCAUUUACUAAUAAUGGUUAUUAUAAAGUGUUGUCAUGCUCGUGUGCGUCAAGAUGUUGUAUUUGUCAGCCUUCUUUAUGCAAGGUCUUAUUUCUAUUUGAUGCUUUUUUUUAAUCUAGAGUUGAAUUAAUCUAUAUUACUAUUUACUUUAACCUGAAACAUCUCUGCUAAAAAAAACAAAACACUACAUAUAUAUGUAUAGAAAAAGACUGACAGAGGUCUAAAAAAAUUAUGUCCUUACUCUAAUGAUGUGGAAAUAACUGACGUUCUACAUAAAAUACAAAUUAUGCAUCAUGCACUUUGGUAGAUUUAAGCCUUAUUAACUGCAGUUGAGGUCAAUGAUUAUUAACCCAUAAAAGAAGAUUGUCUAUGUAGAGAGUGAAUGCACUACAUGCUUUUUCUAAACUAAAAUGGUACUUCUCCUUUGUUCAUUGUGUUUGUUGUAAGUGUCCUCUAAUGCAAGAAACAUGUAAAAGAUAGCUUUUCUGCGCCUUAACCCAGUGUCCUUAAAAUAUGUAAUAUUUCAUUAUGACUUAAUAUUUUCAUGUAGUCAUCAGACACUUGACUUGAGAAUAUUCUCUUAACAUGAACAUCAGAGAAAGAUGUUAAGCGUGUAUUUCCAUAGACCCUGAGAGGCAUGUGGGCUAAAAUUGAAAGUGUGAAGGUCUGCAAAAAUGAAAUGUUGGUUUAUAUUGGUACCAAAUUUUUUUUCUUUCCUAUUGUCUAGAUUCAGAUUUAUUUAUGCAGCUAUUUAACUCCUGUAACAUAAUGCGAAAAUAUGCAGAAAUGUAGUUGUUAGACUGUGUACGGCUGAUAUAUGAAGGUGCCUCAGCAACAGCCUUUCUACAACCCAGGUGUGAUCUGUUGGCCAACAGCAGUUUUGUUUUUGUUUUUUUCCCCCUGACACUUUUUGCAGUGGGGUGCUACAUAUUUUACUUGAUAUUUUUAUUUUUUACAUCAGUGCAAAUGUAUUGUAAUUUUUUAAAGAAAGUGAUUACUAAUGUUGAAAUUAUUUUUAUUGAGAGAGAGAAAAAAAAAAAGCUUUUGUUCAAAUUUCUGUUUUUGUAUUCUGCACAACUUGGGUUCUUCUUGGGUUAAUAAAUCCAUGCAUUAAAAUAUCACUACAGUCACUCUGGACAGUGACCAAAAAAUGAUGUUAAUAAGCCACUUGUCCAGGUAAUUAUAUGGAUUUACGUGUAACUCACAGUAUCCGCAUUUCUUAUGGGGAAUGGCUUGUGUCUCUUAAUGUCCUAUGCAACAGCCAUGGUGCUGCAAAGAGGCCAAGGGAAGGAACAACUAAGCAAUGGAAUGACAAUAAAAGGCAAUGUAGUAUUAUGUGUUAAAACUUGCCACAGUGUUAAUUUCAGGGGAAUUUAAAUUGUGCAUGCCAAAGGAAUUAUUCCAAAUCCAUAAUGUUACCUGAGUCAUUCUGACGUAUAAACUGUGAACACACUACAACAACGGACACAGUCCCGGGCUUGUUGGCUCUGAACUGAGGAAUACAUGAAUAAAUGCCAUUGGUGUGCAAAAAAACUAAAGAGGAAGGAAUUGACGGUGACACUGAGUUCCACUGCAUUUUGGAAAAGUGCUCCACAUUAAUGAAAUCUUGAGUUACAGACAGUUAUCCUUCAGCUCAACUCUUGUUUCCUUAUUUUUGAUUGUAUAAUUUUGAUUCUAUUCUAUCUAUUAAAAUGGAUUAACUGA